AUGACGCUGGGUCCGGUGGUUACCGGCACGUCGGUCAUUGCCCUCAAGUACAAGCAUGGCAUUCUGAUCGCGGCUGACAAGAAGGCGAGUUACGGGAGCUACGCCAAGUUCCAGAACGUGGAACGUAUUUUCAAAAUUAACAACAAAACUGUGAUGAGCUUCAGCGGAGAGUUAGCGGAUGCACAGUACCUACACGAGGUACUCACCCGAGUUAACGUAAAUAAUGUGAUGGAUAAGAAAAGCAAGCAUGACCUACACAAUACCAAAUACUAUCAUGCGUAUGUUGGUAGGCUCUUUUACAAUCGGAAGAAUAAAAUCGACCCACUUUUCAAUACAAUUAUCGUUGCGGGGUUGAAUUCGCAAGAGUAUGAUGACAACGAUAAGGAUGUGUUACUCUACUCGGAGAAACACACAACUGAUGAGUAUAAGGUAAUUAAUAAGGAAGACCUAUAUAUCGGUUUCGUGGACAUGCAUGGGACUCAGUUCUCGGCAGAUUAUAUGACGACUGGGUAUGCUCGUUACUUCGCUUUGACUCUGCUUCGAGAUCGGUAUAAGGAUUACAUGACGGAGGAGGAAGCGAAGACUCUGUUGAAUGAGUGCCUGCGUGUGCUUUACUACAGGGACGCCACGGCGUCGAAUAAAAUUCAGGUUGUUAAGGUCACCAGCAAGGGGGUAGAGUACGAGGAGCCGUACUUCCUCUCGUGCGACAUGAACUCGCGCGAUUAUGUCUACCCCUCGAUUAUGCUUCCCUCCACGGGCUGCAUGUGGUAG